UUGCCAGGAUUGCGUAGUGCCUUAGCGAAAAUGGCUUCGGCGUUUCAAUCAGAGGUGAACGUCCUGUUCGGCUUUGGUGUCGGAUUUGCUGGCGUUCUGAUGCUUUUAUCGUUAUUUAUCGUGAAAAGAGUGGUGGAUCUGUCUUCCCCCUCUAGAAAGCGCUCGUUAAAGAAAACAAAAGCGGGGAAGUACAUAGAAAUAGACGAUGAAAUGUUGACACGAUUCUCCAAGGCCAUUCAAUGCCAAACUGUAUCCUACAGUAUAUCUGAGAAUGAUGAACCAUGGAACAAAGACGAGCUGAUCAAACUUCAUCAACAUAUCAGAAUUUCAUUUCCUCAUGUGCAUUCUUCUCCAUUGGUGAAAUGUGAAAUGAUCAACAAAUACAGUCUCCUGUACACAGUCAAAGGUAGUGACUCCAACCUGAAACCUUACCUACUGAUAUCCCAUCUGGAUGUCGUGCCAGUCAAAGAUCAAAAAUGGGAUGUACCACAGUUUGGUGGUAUUGUGAAGGAUGGUUUCAUAUGGGGUAGGGGCACACUGGAUGUGAAAAAUGGUGUCAUGGGAUCUUUAGAGGCACUUGAGGUUCUUCUAAAAUCAGGACACAUACCAAACCGUGGUUUCUUCCUUUCAUUUGGACAUGAUGAAGAGGUGUUUGGCCACCAUGGAGCCGCGCACAUCGCUCGAGAACUGGUAUCGAGAGGUGUAUCUUUGGAGUUCGUUCAAGACGAAGGCCUGAUGAUUUUCAACGAUGUUUUACCCGGUAUCAAAACACCCGCCGCCUUGGUCGCUGUUGCAGAAAAAGGCGCUCUGUCUGUCAAAUUGAAGGUCGAGUCGACGGUCGGUCACGCAUCUAUGCCACCAAAGGAAAGUAGCAUUGGUAUUCUUGCCAACGCUGUGGCAAGAAUCGAGCGAAAUGCAAUGCCAUCAGCCUUCGGCCAUGGACCCGAGGUCGAGCUUUUCUCCGGACUUUCGCCUGUGCUUCCUUUUCUCUUGAGAGUAAUCAUGUCGAACAUGUGGCUUUUCAAACCUUUGGUUAGCUGGAUCCUCAGUAGAAAGGCGUCAACAAACGCGUUAGUUCGCUCCACCAUUGCUGUAACCAAAAUACACGGAGGAACAAAGGAUAAUGUUGUUCCGGCUUCCGCCACAGCACAUUUAAACAUCAGAAUUCAUCCUGGUGACACCGCAGAAAAGAUAAUCAACCACCUGCGUUCUUGCAUUCAUGACGACCGCGUUCAAAUUGAGAUCAUCGAAACAUAUCCUCAGUCGCCGAUAGCGUCCAGUGAUAGCGACAGCUUUGGUUACAAUACUGUCGUCUCUUCUAUUUUGGAUGUUUUCCCUGAUGUCGCUGUCGUGCCAGGCUUGCUUGUUGCCGGCACCGAUUCCAAACAUUUUCAAAAACUGACGAGCGAGAUCUACCGCUUCAUGCCGUCGCAGUUGAACAUGGCCGACGUGUCUUGCAUACAUGGCUCCAAUGAACGCAUUUCUGUAAAGAACUACGAACAAACAAUUAAUUUCUACUAUCGAUUAAUGAUAAAUGCCGACCAGGCUACGUUGUAAAAGUAUCCACUUAGACCAUGGUAAGGGUCCGUAUCCACUCGUGGAGAUUUUCCUUGGAAAAACCAUUUUUUGUUUUGGACCUGUAGGUGCUGCAGACGUUCGUGCACUGCUCGUGUCUUAGGCUUGCUAUACAAAAGGGAAUUGUUUGUUCAGGAAAAUUCUUUGGAGUGGAAAAGAGCCUUGAUUUACAGUGGAGUUUGCAAUUCGACCUUGAUGGGUAUCUUAUAUCGUCUGCUGGAGAUCUCAUUACGUCAUCGGCGUAUAUCUUGUUACGUCAUUGUGGAUAUCAUAUUACGUCAUUGGUAGAUAUUUUAUUUGGUCAACUUGUUUUGUAAAAUACGUUGUUAGAGUCUUGUUUCUAUCGUCGGAUCUAUAUUGGGAUUUCCUA